AUGAACGACCAACUCCCUCCUAACUUCAUGGAAGGGGCUCGUCCUCGACUGUCGGUGAGACGCGCGCGAGAUCCGCCCAAGAAUGCCGCCGGUCAGAUCUACUGUGAUCAUCCCGAGUGUCAGCAGGCCCCUCCAACAUUUCGCCGUCCGUGUGAAUGGAAUAAACAUAUGGACAAACAUGAUCGUCCCUAUAAAUGCCUAGAGCCUGGAUGCGAUAAGAUCCAAGGUUUCACGUAUUCGGGUGGUUUGCUGAGGCACCAGCGCGAGGUGCAUAAGAAGAACAUUAAUGCAAAAAAACCUCUGAUGUGUCCGUAUGCCGACUGCAAUCGCAGUACGGGCAAUGGUUUUACGCGUCAAGAGAACUUGAAGGAGCAUCUCCGCCGCCGCCAUAUGCACCCCGAGAAUGGCCAUGCGUCCGAUCUCCCAAUCGUGCCAACUUCUGAGUUGGAUGGUGCACCUUCUCUCCCCCCUGCUCCUCCUGCCAUCAAGCGGAAGCGCGAUUCGCUCGACGAAGAUCCUGCAGUCGAGUUACCGGAGGACGAUGAAGAAGUGGAGCACCAGAAUAGUGUUAACUUGCGAAACGAACUGAAGAGACUUCGUCGCGAGGUUCAAGAGAAGGAUCGACGUCUAGAGGAAUUGGAGAGGAUCGUCUCUGGAUUGCAGCAAGCUAUCCCACAGACAGCACAGGGCUAG